AUGAAGACUUCAACUUUCGCUAGCCUUCUCCUCGGCUCUUCAACUCUCGCCAGCGCAAGCCAGGGACAUAACCGGCCUAGGCGGGAGAAAGGACUGGAGGAAUAUGCCGCUGUCUCCUUGCUCGACACCGCCUGCGAGACUGAGUUCCACCCUGACCACCUCGAUGUCGCCUGGGUCGAACUCAUUGCCUCCAACACGAUCCUGAGGGUGAACCUGACGAGCGGCGAGCAAACACGAUUUCCGCUGAACAACCCCGUGGGUCUCCCCAGCGGCAUGGAGUUCCUGGCGGACGGCAACCUAUGGUUUUCCGAAGUAGUCGGCAACAGCAUGGUGAAGUUGGACCCCAAGGAUGGCAGCAUGACCGAAUACCCCUUCCCGUGGACCAACAUCUCGGUCCUCGACAAUCUUCCCGCCGGAAUCCGCGUCACCAUCGACGUCGCCGGCGGCCGCGACCGCGGAGCGUGGUUCACGUCCGUCGGCCUCAACGCCAUCGGCCGGUUUGACAUUGACACCCACGAGUACGAUAUCUACACGCUGCCAAACCCGCUAUCGGCCCCUCUCAUCAUCCAAGCCGGCCCGGGCAACACCAUGGUCUUCUCGGAGAUUCUGGGGAACAGGGUCGGCACCAUCGAUGUGAUCACCAAGGAGAUCAAGGAGUACGAGAUCCCGACACCGUUGUCGCUGGUUCAGGGUGUCGCUACGGACAAGGACGGUCUCAUCUGGUGGACCGGAACGGGCGGUGGAAACUUUGGAACCAUCAACGCCACAACGGGCGAGGUGACGGAGAUGUUCAUCGCCGACAUCCGCGCUGCAGGCAACUCCACUGUCAUUGAGAACGGUCUUAGCAUUGGUUCCUCCGGGGCACUGGCUCUGCCUGGUCCGAUCCGUGUCGGUAACGAUGGCAAGGUCUACUUUGUCGAGGGAAACCUGGUCUUCCUUGGAAACCGCGUUGCGCAGUACGACCCCAAGACCCAGCAGCUCGUGGAGUACGUCACUCCUACUAGCCUCAGUGCCCCGUGUGAUCUCAACAACCAGCAGCCGGACGCCAUUUACUUUGCCGAGUUUACAGGCGCCCAUCUGGGUCGGGUGAACUACUAA